AUGGGCAAGAGCACCAAGCGCCGUCGACAGCAGCGCGUCGAGGCCGUGGGCGCGCAGGUGGAAGCGAGUAUCCGACAAGACGCGGAAGAAAAGAAGCUCAAGCACGUGGAGGCGACGCAGCUCUUCCAAGUUGACAGCAAGGGCGGCCAGGUGUCCAGUCGUCUGACGAAGAAGCAGAAGCUGGAGAAGCUACAGAAAGACCCUUUGCUGGCAAGUUCACGCAAAUUUGAUGCUGGAAAGAUGAACAAGGGAGAAGUGCUGGCUGUCCAGAAGCUGCAGCAGCAGGUCCAGCAGCUGCCACCAGCGUCCAAGCGGCAACAAAAGAAGCAGAGCAAGCGAAAGAGGAAGCAAGAGCCAACCAAGGAACUCUGGUGUCAGGACGGCAGCGUCAAGGAAGAUGAACGGAUUAAGCUGCUCGAUGAGUAUGUAGCGCCUGUUGUGGUCAAGAAGGUCAAGCGACGCAAACUCAUGGCUUCCACCAAGUACAACGUGCCGACGGUAGAGGUCGCGGCUGCUGGCCAGUCGUACCAUCCAGACUUUGACACGCACCAGGACGUGAUGGCGGAAGCGGUGGCGGAAGAGCUGGAACGUCGCGAGAAGAAGGCGAAGCUGUAUGAGCCCGUGUCCAAGGGCAUGUCAGAGGAGACAUUGCAACACAUUAAACAGGAGUCGUCGGACUCGGAAGUCGGCAGUGACUCGGACGACGAAGACGAUACGACGGAGAAGGCACGCAAAGUGCCCAUGCAGGUGACGCGUGCGCAGCGCAACAAGCGGAUACGACACAAGCUGCUGGAGCAGGGGCAUCACAUGCGACGUGGCGAGAAAGCUAUCGUGAAGCAGAUCAAUGCCUCUCACCAUAUUCUACAGGAUAUUGUAAAAAGCGAGAAGGAGUCGUCAAAGAAGAUGGCGUUGAAGAAGCUCCAGCGAGAGCAAAAGCUGCAAGGAGAGCCGCCAGUGCGCGUGGCUGGAAAGAAUACUAAACUGGACCGCAAGAUGCCGGUCUCCUUCUCUGAGGAGCUCAUGGGCAACUUUCGGACUUUGAAGCCUAAGGGUCACCCCCUCUUGGAUCGCUUCGACAGUCUACAUAAGCGCAACCAGAUCGUCAUCGGUCGCCCGACUAAGACGCGCAAAGCCCGAGUCCGGAUCAUUGACGUGAAGAAAUAA